AUACCGACAAACUUCAUUCUCUGGACGCGUUGCUCCCUUUCCUCGACCAGCACGAACACCAUAGCGUACAGUAGUCGCAGAGUGCUCGGCAAAGACAGAACAGUCAGGCAAGAAUGAUGCACCUGAGCCAGGCUUCACACAAGCCUUCACGCUCAUGCAUGCCGUCGAGAGCGUGACGCCUGUGUCGAGGGUGAUGUUGCAUCUUCUCGACGGUUGCAAAGACCUGAGGAAGGAGCUCCCCCCUGGUCGAUGAUGUAUGCCUUCCUUCGCUUCAUGUUAUGUUCUCGUGUAUUCAGCGCCGGAACAACCGAGUCGAUACUCCGUUGGCAGUCGCGACAGGGUGACACUUUCUCACAUGGCCACCACGUGGGGAAGCAGCACAACUUGCAAGCCUCAGCCAUCACGAAUUACUUCGCUGGUGUCUGACGCCGACUCGUGUCCUGGACAGCUCAUCGUCCUGGUUCGUUCGGAGUCCUUGGAGCAUCCGAAUCGCCUUGGUAUAUCCUCGACACAAUCCCAUCUCUUACAAGGACCUGUAUCCAACGGCGAACAGCAUGGAUCGCAUACUGGAUUUGUGUUGAUAUCAUCACAUGUCAAGAUCCUUGUUAUCCGUGUCGAGAACAACAGUUCCUGGGAUCAAGCCGGACCAGUCGAAGAGCAGCUACAGCAGCACCCAAGAGUCAGGAUAGGAGUCCUUCGAGAAGCCCACGACACACGUCUCGAUACCGGAUCCAAGACGGUUACUGAAAGUUGACGGUUCUUCCGUAUCACAAGAGAGCUGCUUUGCCCCGAAUAUCGCGACAGACGUAGUCGUCGUGAACGUCCAACUGGUUCGGUCUUGCUGGCGAUCGUUUGGAAUCUGACAGGCGUCCGCAUUAGCACAAGCUCGUC